AUGACUACAACAACAACAUCGUCUAUUCGACGUCACAAUGAACGAGCGGAAUCCAAUACGAUUCCAACACCACAUAUUCAUUCAUCGAAUCUAGUAAAUAAUUCAAUCUCAAAUACACGACGAUCAAGAAAAGCAAUGGAUAAUAAUAAAAUACUUUAUCCAAAUAGCAUUGUUCUUGAACCUCAAUCAAAUAACAGAAAUAUCAAUUAUUAUGUUCCACCAAUACCUGAACUAUCACUUAAUCAAUCUGAACAAAAGAUUAAAACCAAAUAUACAGAAUUAUUAGUAAAUUUUUUUGAAACUCAUCAUCCAUCAUAUAUAUUUGAGCCUCUUCGAAAAGAAUACUAUUGGACAAAUGAACCAUUCAAUGAUGAAAAAAUUAGUCAACUUGAUAAACUUCUUCAAAAUACUUCUUAUUUUGUUCAAAGCAUCUUUUGGUAUUUACGUAUUCUAUUAGCAAUUUGUGUUACAAUACCUAUUGAAAUCAUUCAUACUGUUCUUGACGGUUUAGUUAAACCUAUUCUGAUACGUAUACCAAUUAUUAUGUCUGAUACUUUAAUUAAACCAUUCUAUUCAGGUCUUUUCAAUGCUUUUAUUUUACCAAUUGGCAUUCUUCUAUGGAAUACAAGUGAUCUUUUUGCUAAAACCUUUGAACCAUUCAUUCGUCUUAUUACUCUUCUAUUUGAACCGUGUAUUGAUUGUUGUCGAUCGAUUCGAGAAUCAUCAUUGAAGCAAAUAAGCGAUCAAAAAUUAAAUAACGGCGAUGGUGAUCAUCACCACAUGGAACUAAAAAGAGCGACACUUUAUGUUUAA